GCUGCAAAAUGCUUUCACGCACACAUAGAUAAAAAGCGUAGAUUAAGUGCCAAGUGCUGCACUGCGUGUAUGGAAAAGUGCGGGAAAUCUUUGCAACGAGAUUGUUAAUAUUACCGCUUAGACAAAAUAAUUAUAAGCCAGCAAAUGCUGAAAACAAAGUGCAAUGAAGAAUGUCAGCGGCAUAACAAUUGUAUAUAAGCAACAAAGUAUUGGUGGCAUGUUUUGUGAAUUUCGUAAACCUCUCGUUUCGUUUUGGUGUUUUUCUUCUCUACUACAAAAAAGGGCGCGCGAGUGAGACGACAAUAGUGUCUAACAAAACAUACGCCUAGCUAUCCCGUUUACUCGCACGCGACUUACACGUCGCAGACCCAAAGUCUGCUCGCUCUCAAAUGUUUGACAUUUUUCACAUUCAGCAUUUUCCCUUUGUUCGUCGGCGGGUCUCGUCAUAUGGCUCGUAUAGACGCUCGUGCGUGCGUAACAAAUAAAAUUGAAAAAAGAAAUGCAAAAUAUCGGUGUAUUAAAUUUCCAAAAAUAGUGCACAUAUGUAAAUAAACAACUGUUACACGCACAAGUGAAUAAAUUCAUUGAGAAAUAUGAGUAAAAAGCGUUAUUUCGUGAUUACUACGGUGACGACGACAUCAAAACCAACAACAACAACGAGCUGCUGCGUUCAUUGACGUGACGCGCGAGUGUGAGUGUGUGUAUGUGUGUGUACGUAAAUUAGUGUGUUUAUAUGUCUCGUGUGUUCAUCUGCUCCGAGUUGUUUUCAAAUAAAUAAAAUACAUAACAAAAGCAACCAGCAGCUACAACAAUAAUAAGAAAAAUAAUCAAAACAGCACACAAAAUUGCAGUAGCUUAUGCCGCUGGCGUCCAACCGCUGCGCCAAGCUACAUACAUAAAUACAUACAUAUAUAAGUAAAACAACGUUUCAUAUAUUUACAUCAGUUCAGUCCACGUUUCUUGUUGCGCGCAAAUCCUAUAUAAAAAGAAAGUAUGUUCAACAGUCGAUGCAAUAAAAUGUGAAUUUGUAUAUGUCUGUCUCUGUGUGCGUCCGAGUGUGUUUUCAGUGUAUAGAAUUAAAUAAGCAGUAUAAGUUAAGAAAGUCUAAAGCAAUAUCAACAACCGUGCAACAACAACAACAAGACAACCAACAUCAACACAAAUGAAUCAAUUAAAUUUUGUUCAUUUUUAAACCGCAAUUGUCUGUAUCCCGAAGCAUAAAACAAGGCGCAUAAAUUUUUGCCAAUGAGUCGCAGACAGUCAUUGGAUCGACCAGGAAUAUUGUCUCCUCCGGGUCCGUUUCUGACGCCCAGUCCAUCGCCAUCGAUCUCAGCUAGUCCACGCCUGCAACCAUCACCAUCGCUAUCACCAUUCCCACAGGAUGUGGUGCUCGUAGCCGGUGGCAACGCAUUAAACACCAACAGCAAUCCACAGGAACAACACGAGCGCAAGGCGGCGACGCCUGGCAGGCGACAAUCCAUACAUCAGUUCACAAAUGGCAGUCCCAACGCCGGCACCGUUGUCUUUCAGCCGAGUCCCUCCCAGUCGCCGGCCGCUGCCACGACCGUCAUUGGCGUGACAGCUGGCGGGCUCAUUGCCGCCGCCGCCGCCGCCGCUGCCGCAGCCGGUGGACACAAUAAUGCAAUCGGCACUGAGUUGAACGCCACGCUAGUCGGCUCCAACAAUAUCCAACUGAACAAGAAGGGCAACAAGCGGACGGGACAGCAGCAUCAGCACCAGCAGCAGCAGCAACAGCAGCAGCAGCAACUACAACAGCAGCAACUGCAGCAUCAGCAGCAACAGCAACUGCAGCAGCAAAUCUUCAGCACCAACGCAGCGGCGCCCACCUCGAUCUGCUCGACAGUAGCCGGCGGCUAUGGGCAACCGAAUGCAACGGCAAUACCCACGCCCAUUUCGUUUACGACAGCAAAUGUGGCUAGUAGCCCAAAAGGUCAAGCGAAAAAGGGCGCCAAUUCGGUGCUGAGCCAGCAGCAGCAGCAGCAGCAGCAACAACAGCAUCAUCAGCAACAGCAGCAGCAGCAGCAGGCGCAGUUUCAGCAAUACCAGAGCAGUAGUCCGCUGAUAGCAGACAGUCCUAUACCCAGUCCCAGCAACGCAAUCGCUGCUGCGGCCAUAAAGCCGCCAACGCCACAGCCUCAGGCCGUACAGAUGCUGCCGCAACAGUUCACAAUCACCAGCGGGCCGCAGCAGCAGCAGCAGGCGCCGCAGCAAGUUUUCCAGUUCAUCCAGGGGCCGCAGGGUCAGAUCAUAGCCACCACCACCCAGCAGGCGACGCUGCAGCAGCAGCAGCAACAAUUGCAACAACAUCAGCAGCAACAGCAGCAGCAACAGCAACAACAGCAGCAGCAGCAACAACAGCAGCAACAACAACAACAACAGCAGCAGCAGCAGCAGCAGCAACAACAGCAACAGCAGCAACAACGCUUUACCAGCAAUGCAGGCAUUGCGUUGUCUUCUGUCAACACUAAGGCGAGCAAGACGCCCCAACAGAUUCUGCCCAAGCCGCAGCAGGAAUUGGUCUCCCAGUCGCUGCAGCAGCUGCAGAAGAACAAAAGCAACUCACAAUUGCCGCAGAUCUCACAGUCGCCUCAGCCGCAACAGGCGCAGCUCAGCGCUGCAACCAACAAUGCCAACAACCAGCAGCAACAGCAGCAAAUCUUGCUGCCAGCAACAUCAGCUCAGCCACAGCAACUGUUGCUGAAUCAGAUGCCCGUGUUGGUGCAGCAGAACCCGCAGGGUGUGCAGCUCAUCUUGCGUCCACCUACGCCCCAGCUGACAGCCACGCCCUCGCUCGUCAUACAGAACUCGCGCGGACAGCCACAACUGCAGCAGCCGCCGCAGCAGCAACUGUUGCGCAUCGUGGGCACCAAUGGGGCCACCAUGCAGCUGGCCACACCGACCUUCAUAGUGUCGUCGCAGGGCAACCUCAUCCAACAGACGGCUGCCGCUGGCCAAUUCCAGAGUGCGAUCAAGACGGGCACCCAGCUGAGCGGCCUGCAUGCGGCGCUGGCAGCGCAAACGCCACGAUCUCAGCCGUUCACCACAACGGCCACCAUCAACACCCAGUUGCUGGGCCAGAGCGUUGCGGCGCAGCUGCAGAAUCUGCAGCUGGCUGCAGCAGCAGCUGCCAAUGGCAAUGGCAUUGCUCAGAUCCAGAUGCCCAAUGGGCUGGCGGCGAUAUCGCAGCUGCAGCAGACUCUCGGCGGUGCUACCAUCAAUCUGAAUCAGCUGAAUGGCGCCCAUCUGCAGCAGAUAGCCACGGCCUUCCAGACGCCACAACCGCCGCAGCAGUCCACCACAACAGCUGCAUCCGGUGGUGGCAGCGGCAACAGCUCCACGGAGCUCUUUGCUCAAUCCUCUCCGGCGCAUGUACCCGUAGCAGUUACCCCGGAGCCCCUGCGCCAGUCCACGGCGCAGCAGCAGGCGGCCAUGGCCACCAUACAGCUGCAGCAGCAGCAACAGCAGCAGCAGCAGGCGCAAAUACAGCAGCUGCAGCAACAGUUGCAACAGACACAGACGCAGGUGCAGCAGGCGCAACAGCAGCAGCAGCAACAACAACAGCAGCAGCAGCAACAACAGCACCACACUGUGGAGCCCAAGAAGAAGCCUCGGCCGCGCAAGAAGAAGCCACCGGCGGCUACGGCGGCAACAGCUCAGCAAAAGAUUGCCAUACCUGCCACGCCCACGCUGAGCACGACGCCAGCGCCAGCGCCGACGCUAACGCGAACGCCCGCCCCGCAGGUGGCGCGAGCGAAGUCGCCAUCGCCGCCGCCCACGCACAUCCAGCGCGCGAGCAACGGCAAACUCGAUCUCGGCGAUGUGAUGAAGUUCUGCGGCAUCACGGAGGACGACGACGACGAUGAGGACUAUGCCAUGGAUGCAGUCACAAACUCCGCACCGGCUGCAGCAGCUGCAGCCAACAGCAGUGGCAGCAGCAGCAACAGUGGCGGCAACAACAACAACAACAGUAGCAGCAGCAGCAGCCACCACCAUCAGCACAUUGAGGAAUCACUGCCACCACCACCGCCGCCGCCGCCCUUAAGCAACGGAGUAGUGGGCGCGGCAGUCAACACAACGGCGGCGCCCAGCUCCAACGAUAUCAUGAUCUCCAUACCGAGCCAAAACGGCAGCGAUGGGCUGCCCUUUACGCUGACCAUUCCGGCACCAGCGCCGGUCAACGAAGCCACCGAAAUACCAAAUAUCCUCAUUAAGAUCGAUCCAAGCGAUGGCGCGGCUGCAGCGGCCGUUGCCAGUGGAGCAACCUUACCACCGUACACGCUGUCCACGCCACGCCUGCCCACCGCCGAGGAGAUACAGCGGCAGGCGCAGCAGCAUCUCGCCCAGCAGGCAGCCGCUGCGGCUGCGGCUGCGGCAGCUGGUGGCAAAAUAUGCACCAGCAUGCAAGCCACAACGCCGGCGCCCACAAUUAGCUUCAGCCUGGGUGGAGCACAAUCGCAGACCAUCGGCAAUGUGACGCUGCAGCAGGCGCCCAUUGCGGCGAGUAUAACGCUGACCACGCCCACGACAACAACAACAGCGGCGACGACGUCGUCGGCGACCGCAGCAACAACGGCGGCAGUAAAGCCGCGCCGCAAACCCGCUGUGCGUCGCAACACCAAGAAGCAGGAGACGCUCAACGGCAACAUCGUUAACAACGGCAACAUCAUCAGCACCAGCAGCAGCAACAGCAGCAGCAUAAGCAACAUCAGCCACAGCAUGAACAACAUAGGGCACAGCAUCAUUGGCAGCAGCAACACCACCACAACCACCAUUAGCAGCAGUGGGAAUAGCAGCGGUGUCAACACCGUCAACACCAUCACCCUGACAACGCCAGUGAGCAGCAGCAGUGCCUGCAGCUCCAGCAUAUUGCUGCCGCAUGGCCUGGGCCUGGCCAGCAGCAACAGCGGCAGCAGCAGCAGCGCCACGCCCACAACUGUGCCCAGCCAGAUUGGCAACAUACAGAUCUCGCAGGUGCAGAACCACCAUCAGACAACAUUGCCCAUCGGCAGCGCCGUGGAGAAUAAGAUUCAGAUAAUGCCCAUUCUGCCGCCGGGAGCCACAGUGAUGGGUGGUGCAGUGGCAUCGACAGCCGCAACGGCGACAACCACCACUGCUGCCACACCACAAGCGCAGCUCGUCUUUCAGCCGACGGCAGCAACAACCACAGCAUCAUCAGCCCCGGAGACGACCACAAUCAAGCUGUCCAGCGAUGGCCGUCAGAUGCAAUUGGUGACCAUACCACAGGCUACGCCACCGUCGACGACGGCUCCGAUGCAGGCGGUGACAACGGCCGGUGGUGCCACCAUAUUGCCGCCCCAAUUGACGGGCAUGCCGGGCAACGUAUCCAUAUCGGUGGGUUCGCCCGCCUCGGCAGCGGCGCUGGUCCCCCAGCUGACGGGCAGCCUGACGUUGGCCGUUUCGGAGCACUGCGAGCGACUGAUUUUGCGUCAUGAUCCCAACACGCCGCAGGAUCAUCAAUCGCAGCUCAUUCUCCAGGCAUUGCUCAAGGGCGCUCUGCCCAAUGUGACCAUCAUCAAUGAGCCCACACGCAUGGACACGAACAAACCACCUGCACCAACUCCGCCGCCCCCACAACCAGCACAACAGCAACAGCAGCAGCAGCAGCAACAACAACAACAGCAGCAGCAGCAGCAACAGCAGCAAUUGAAUGUUGCUCAACGCAUACACAUUUAUCCCAUGCAACAUCAACAACAACAGCAAUUGGCCAACAAGCAGAAGCUUGCACAGCAGAAGCAGCAACAACUACAACAGCAGCAGCAGCAAGCGGCGUCCAUUUGCAACCUGCCACAACAACAGGCCCAACAGACCAAGGUCAAGGAGCCAGCCUGUCGCGGCAAAGCUAAUGCAGCCAAUCAACAGCAACAACAGCAGCAACAACAGCAGCAACAACAACAGCAGCACCAGCAACAGCAGCAACAACAACAGCCACAAUCGACUGCAACAGUCAAUAUGUUGCAGCAGAAAGCAAAUAUUCUGACUGCACCGCUGCAGCAACAACAACAGCAGCAACAGUCUGCUGCUUGCCUCAAAAAUGGACCACCGCCGCUCAUCUUUGCCAGCGCCACGAAUCUUUUAUCCAAUAGCAAUAACAGCAAUAGCAAUAGCAAUAGCAAUAGCAAUAGUAACAGCAAUAGCAACAGCAACAGUAAUAACAACAACAGCAAUACCAAUAACAACAGCAGCAACAGCAACACCAGUGCCUUGCAAGUCGGCAUGUUGUCAAUGCCACCAUUGCAACCGCAACAACCACAACAAUCACAGCAGCAGAUACAACAACAACAACAACAGCAACAACAGCCGCAGUUACAUAGUCAACAACAGCAACAGCCGCAGCAGCAGCAACAGCACUUGCCACAACAACAACAACAACAGCUACUUCCGCUGCCUCAACCAUCGCUAAUAGCAACCCCAGCAUUGGGUAAUCUAAUUACCCCAACGCUGCCCACAGUGCCUGUAUUUUUGCCGGGUUUGUCUCUGUCCAAAACGGAGGAACUGCUGCCAACACCUAAACCAAAAAUUGCACGCCUCUCCUUGUUCGUGCGCCAACUGGAGGUGGAUCAGGAGAGCUGCCUGAAGCCGGACUAUGUGAAGCCUUUUCGCACCAAGGACGAAGCGGUCAAGCGGCUAAUCAGAUAUCAUUGCAUGCAUGAGAAUGAUGUGGAGUUAAACUCCGAUGAGGAUGAAGAGUUUGAAGCAACUGCGUUGGGCUUUCGUGAUAAGUUCCGUCAGUUGAAUGGAAAAUUCCAGGAGAUUCUAUUACAGGAGUCAACCUUACCUCAUCGCACCUCGGAACUUCUGCAAGUGCAGCAGCUAAUGAUAGACGAUUUGAAGGGCGAGAUCAGUGAUAUACGCACCGCAGAGAAGGAGCUGCUCGAGAAACAGCAACAACAGCAGCAACUCAAAGAGGAGCAGAGCUCUGAAGACACGGCUGACAGUGAGUCUCAAAUGGACACCAAAGUGAAGGAGGAAAUCAAGUCAGAGCCAACGGAAAAAGUGUCAGACUCAGCAGAACAGGCAACAGAAGGAGCUGUGGACAAGUUUGAUCUGCUCAAGAAUAGUGCGGAUGUGAACAAGGCAUACAAGCCGCAGCAACAGACACAGCAGCAACAGGUUAAGCGAGAAGAGAAUGGCGAGUGGCUGUGUCAGCCCGAGGCUAGCGGCCUGACCAAUGGAUCACUGGAGGAGACAAUUAAGAAGGAGCAGCACAAUAGCUCCAAGGAUAACACCCAGCGUAUCAAAAAGGACUACGACAACUUUGAUAUCGAAUCUGAGCUGACGCCCAGUUUUAUCAUGAAGAAAGUGGAGCAAAAAAUGCAGUCGGAUGAUGCAAAGAAUGCUGAGAACUGUUAUGAGUUGCAGGAGGAGGGACAACAACAGCAACAGCAGCAGCAACAACAGCAACAACAGCAGCAGCAGCAACAACAGCAACAGCAGCAGCAGCAACAACAACAGUUACAGCAGCAACAUGUUAAGAAUAACAAUCUCGCCCAAGAGGAUCACGAGGACGGUUGGUACUGUCUGCAAAAAGAACUCAACUUGAUGAGCAAUGAGCCGCUGCAGCCACAGCAUCCACAACAUGCCCCGCUGCAACAUGCUACGCACCAGCAACACUUGUCGCAGCAACAUCUCUACGAUAACAACGCGAGCAACUUGCUCAAUAAUGGAAAUCAUCUGUCCGAUCUGUUUCCAAAUGGCUGCAUUGACAAGAGCAAUCAGAGCAACAGCAAUACCAGCAGCAAUAGCAAUAGCAGUAGUUGUGCCGGUGAUGUUGGUGGCAAUAGCAGCAAUGCUGGCAACAACAACAACAGCGUGCCAAUUGGCAGCUCUUGCAGCCAACAGCGCCAACAGCCACUGGCCAUGCAAGCGGAUCAACCCAAUCAUCAUCCCGCCAUUAGCGAGUUCUUCAACAGCGACUCGGAUGUGCAGAAGUCUGUGGAGACGCGCCUGGAGGCCAUGUUCGGCGAGUCGCCAGUGCAUUUGGAUGUGAAGAACAGCAGCGACACCCACGACAUUGAAUCCAAUUUGGAUGAGAUAUUUGGGGACUCGAAAUCGCCAGCAGCGACCCACAAGAACAAAAUUAGCAUUUGGGGACCCGAUGAUGGCUUCAACGCUGGCUACAGCAGCGAUCAGCAGCAACAGCAGCAGACAUAUGGCCACCAGCAGCAGCAGCAGCAGCCGCAACAGCAAGCACCACAGCAGCAGCACCAUAUUGAGCUCAACUGCAACAACAAUCCACGCUGGAUGCAGAGCAUGGAAGCCCACUACACCGACUAUAUGUCGAGCAGCACCAGCACAGUCGAUGGUCAAACGCACAAUAUGCUGGUGAAUGGAGAAUCACGCAAACGCCAUUGGGACGGCCAACUGAUGGGCUCCAGCAGUGACUUGGAGGAUGAGAAUAGCAGCAAGCGAUUGUGCACAGCUUCAUCGACGUCCUCGUCGCCCAUGUCCUCGCAGCAGCAUGUGCAGGUGCCACAGCAUGGCAUGCUGGAUGCGGAUAUGUUGGCUUUGCAUGAUGGCAUGGGUGUAGAUAGCGUGACCACGAAUGGUCCUGCUGCCUUUUCACAACUGCUGAUGGAGCAGCAGCAGCAGCAGCAACAACAACAACAACAGCAGCAGCAGCAACACAGCUUUGCCAAUCAUCAGGCUUUCGCGAGCAUGUUGGAUCCGCAACAACAGCAGCAGCAGCAACAGCAGCAGCAACAACAACAGCAGCAGCAGCACCCACACUACCAGCACAAUAUGCAGCAACAGCUACAGCAGCCUCAGCAGACCCAAAUGCACGUGAACCACAUGGGCGGCGCGUCUGUGGUGACGGGCGAAUAUGAUGAUGAUAUUAGCCGACAUGUGGCCAGUGCGAUUGAUAGUAUACUGAACCUGCAGAACAGCGGCGAUUCGCUGCAGUUCUCACUGGGCUCUUUCUUGGGCGACAGUAUACUAGACGAUCAACGGCAAGCGGCAAACUUGCCCAGCUGCCAACAGGAGCAGGUGAACAACAGGCGCCGCCAGCUGGGCGAGGACAUGGGUGAUUGUCUAAUCAGCGGCGGUGCUGGGCCAACUGUGAAUGCUGUUCCUGAUGCUAGCGGCAAUCUGUUGCUAGAUCAUCAUCAUCAUCACCAUCAUCAACAACAGCAGCAGCAGCAGCAGCAACAACAGCAGCAGCUACUGCAGAAUCAUCUGGGUCAGCAGCAGCCGCAUCUGCAGCAUCAUACGCAACACCACCAUGGCAUAUCGCAGCCGCAGUCACAGCAUCAUUCGCAACUGAAUGACUUUAGCUGUGUGGCCGCUGGCCUGGAUGAGGCCGUCAAGUCGAUUAUGACCUCUUGACUUGGGCUGCAAGCAGUCACAGCAUCUGGAUCUGAUGUGCCGCAAAUCACAGCAGCUGAGCUGCAGUCGGCGGCAACGGCAACGAUAGCAAACAGUCUUAUAUUGGAAUUUAACGCCACCACCUUGUAAAGCUGCCCAAGGCAACAAAAACAACAACAAAAACAACAACACAUUGAUUGUACAUUAAGCCCCCUAUUGCAUGUUAUUUGUUCAUUUUAGUUGUUGUCGUCCAUUGUGCUGAAUACAUUCGGCAACAGUUGCCAAAUUUUUGCACCUUGCUCUGUACAAUUUAUUUGUUUAUUUUAGAUCUAAGUUGAGAAUGUAGCGUAAAUUGUAAUUAUUCUUGUUUUCGUUUUUAGUCCAAUGUGUUUGUACAAUAUUUAAAGCUACAAGAUAAAUGACAAAGCAGUCUGGUAAUUAUUUAUAAAUUUUGUAUAAAUUUAUAGUCAUCCAAUCAAGAGCAUUCUUAUGGGACAGCCGGUCCUUAAAAGUCAAUAGUCAAAAGCAAUUAACGCGGAGAAUUGAAAACAAAACGACGAAUAGCAUGAAAUGCUUCUCAGAGAAGUACACUGAAUGAAUUCUAAUGUAAUACAAAUGAUAUAGAUACAAUAAAUAAGUGAAUAUGCCUAGACAAUUUAUUAAAAUUAUAUCUUUACUACGAACGAACGAAAUGAAACGUGAACCAAGCGAAGAAAUGUAAGCACGAAACUAACAAAAAUUACUUUGGCAUGCCGAAGAUUGAAUACGCUUGCAGACGCCCUAUUAUUUCUCAUGGAACGCAGUUAAAUUGUCCGACAGAAUCGACUAGACUUUGGGAAUUUAGAAAGAAGAAAGCAUUUCAAACAAUGUGAUCUAAUCUAAUAGGAAGAGUUCGACAUUAUGGCUUUAAAUCUAUAUUAAAAAUACGUUUUGUUCAAAUUCAAUUAAUGGGAACGGGUCAGUGAUCGUAACUGUAACUAAGCAUAAAACAUUUCCAUAAAAGCAAACAACUUGCGAAAGUGUGUAAAAGUGACAAAUGACGAGAAUUGGUUGUAUAAUUCACAGUUAAGUGACCUAGCAGGAAGAGCAUUCGAAAUUCGUAAUUAGAUUUACGCUAAACAAUUGUAACAAUGUUGCCAAUUCUGUUGAAUCGAGGAAAGAAAAUUCAACAACAAAAAUUCAAUAUACAUUACAAAUAUAUGUAUACAUGAUAAAUAAAUAUAUAUUAAAUUAUUUAUUAUUAAGCAUAAAUAUAUACAUAUAUAUAUUUGUGUAAUGCAUGCGCCAGUUUCAACAAUUGCAGUUUUUAAUCAAAGGAUUUGCUCUUAGUGUAUAAAUGUGUAAAGAGAAAGGCAUGCGAGAAUACGUAAAAUAUAAUAAAAUUAAUUUAAAACAAAUUCAAUUUAAGCAAUUUAAAUUAUUAUCAUUUUAAAUACGCUUAACGUCUUUCUGCUUCAGAGCUAACAAACCGAAACGCACUGAGAAUAAUCUUCGCAUGCAUGCAUAAAUAAUUCGAAUAAAUAAUGUGCUCAAUUUUAAUUAGAUAGCUCUUAGCCAACUUGGCUUUGACAACGGGUGACAUCAGCAAAGCAUAUAAAUGUCUUAGGGAGUUCCACGACAAAUGACAAAACGACAAACGACGAAGCAAACCAAACGCAGUUCAAAAGAAUAAAUCCACAAUUUUAGCAAAUUUAGUUUAAAACAUUUAUAAAUAAUUAAUUAUAUACUUAUGAAUACAUAGAGUUGUGUGUAUAUUGUACAUCAAUGCAAUAACAAAGCCACAAAAAUGA